AUGGGCUGCUGUGAAACAAGAGAUGCUCCUGCGAACAAAGAAAAGAAAAACAACUCAAAAGAAGAGAACUCUCAUAGUAAAGAUCUAAAAGAAUUCAAAUUAAAACAUGAGCCAGGCAUGAGCUUUUGUUUAUCAGAAAGCGAUGAAAUCGUCGACGACAAAGUCCAAGAAAUAAUUGAAUACAGCUCUACUUUAAAAAAAGAUUCUCGGUGGAUCCAAAUUAUAGAAACUGAGCACAUCAUCGUAAGGAGACUUGACGGAUCGAAAUAUGGUGACAAAUUCCCUGUCUUUUAUUCAAAAAUUUAUUUUGAUAAUUACAUUAUGCCGAACAUCAUCAUAAGGCAGCUCAAUGAUGCUAAAGAGAGAAAAAAGUGAGAUAAAUCCAUUUCUGAUGUAGAAAAUAUUAGGGAAAAUCUAGAUGAAAUUGUCGUUUAUACAUAUAUAUCAGCGUUUGGGUAUAAAGGAGAUUUUUUGGAAAAGAAAACCGUUUUGAGAAGGGACGAUCACGUUGUGAUGGUUUCCUAUUCAAUUGAAGACGCUUCAAAGCCUCCUAUUGAUGGAGUUAGCAGGGGAGAAAUUCUAAUGACAAUUCAAACAAUUAAAUAUAAAAAUGAUAGAACCGUUAUGACAAUGAUAACACAUCAGAACUAUAAAGACGUUUUUGCAUCACUUUUUAGCUAUAUGAUACCCACGAAAAUCAAAGAAUGGGGCAUGGCUUUCAGAAAAAGAGUUCAUAGCUUGGCAUAA